CUGCACGGAGGAGGAGAUCGCGCCCGCAAGAUCUCGAUCUACAGCGCCUUCGCCCACUUCGAUUGGGAUGGCCGCAAGGUCAACGUCAUCGACACGCCCGGUUCCGGCGACUUCAUCGGCGAGGUGGUAGCCGCCCUGGGUGCCGCCGAGUGCGCGAUCGUCGUGGUCGGCGCCGACGUCGGCGUGCAGAUCGAGACGGCAAAGCUGUGGCGGCGCAUGGAACGCGAAGGGUUGCCCCGCAUCGUUUUCGUCAACGGCAUGGACAAGGAGCACGCCAACUUCGACGCCGUGUCUGGAAGACCUGAGCGGCACGCUCGGGGGGACCUUCGUGCCGCUGACCGUGCCGAUCGGAGCGGGAGACUCCUUCGAAGGGAUCGUGGACGUGGUCGGGCGGCGUGCGGCGCUGCGCGCGCGCAACGGCGACGCUCCCGUUCCGGACGGGAUGAGCGACGCGGUCGAGGAGCGGCGUCUGGCGCUGAUGGAAGGGCGCGGCGGAAGGUGAUGACGCCCUGA